GCUUACGGCAGGGACUCGGUUCCUCUAUUUAUUUCCCGUGUUUUAAACCAGUCUAGUCACAAGUUUCGGUUGUUCCUGGUUUUGGUUGUUGAUAAUUAGCCUAGCCGACGAGGACUAGGCGACAGGUAUGGGUGCUACUGCCUGCUGGACAUGUCCUCUGAUCUUCCUCUGCGUUUUCAUGACCUCUCCUGUCUUGGUCCAUCCACUUAAGUCGUUCUCUCACCUCCCGUUCUUCACAGUAUGGAACGCUCCCACUAAGAAAUGUGAAUCUCACUAUGGUGUUCAUCUUGACUUGAGCGUCUUCGAUAUUGUCCACAACCAGAACCAGACGUUCGCUGGUAAUAACAUUACCAUCUUCUACUCAGGCAAGUUAGGCUUCUAUCCUCACUAUGAUAAGAACAUAGCAGUGUAUGGAGGGGUUCCUCAGAACGCCAGCCUGAGUGAACACCUCCGGAAAGCUGAAUCCGACAUACGGAAGGACAUCCCAGAUCGGGACUUCCAAGGGCUGGCGGUGGUGGAUUGGGAGAGCUGGAGGCCUUUGUGGGUACGGAACUGGGGCAGUAAGGAAGUGUACUGGCAAGGCUCCAAGGCACUGGUGAAGGCCAAACAUCCAGACUGGAACCCAGAGCAGAUAGAUAAGGAAGCUAGAAAAGACUUUGAAAGGGCAGCACAGGCCUUCAUGGAGGAGACCCUGAAGCUGGGUGAAAGGGAACGGCCGGAGGGGCUGUGGGGCUUCUAUGGCUUUCCCUGCUGCUACAACUACCAGUACAAGAAGAACCAGACCUACACUGGAGAGUGCCCACCACUAGAAAUGAAAAGGAACAACAUGCUUGCUUGGUUGUGGAACGUAAGCACGGCUCUGUAUCCUGACAUUUACUUGGAUCUGAUGCUCAGGGAUCGCAACCAGGAUAUUCUGCUGUACUCCCGAUAUCGAAUCCUGGAGGGCUUGAGGGUGAGAAACCAGGCGACUCACAUCAAGCCCCCCGUCAUCCCUUAUGCCCGCAUCGUCUAUACCUACUCGCUAGAGUUCCUCUCACAGGAGGCGCUGGUUAAUACCCUUGGAGAAAGUGUUGCAUUAGGGGCAGCAGGAAUUGUUCUGUGGGGAGAUGCAAGCUACUCUGAAAGCAAGGCCACCUGUCAAGCAGUGAAGGACUACCUGGACUCCACUCUGGGCCGAUACGUGGUAAACGUGACCGAAGCUGCAUCCAUUUGCAGCCGGACUCUGUGUUCGUCUCAGGGGCGAUGCCAGCGGCGAGACUCAGGCUCUGGGGCCUACCUCCAUCUAGACCCAGCCGAGUGGACCAUCAUUCGAAGAGCUGAUCUUCCAGACGGGGCCUCUGGCGGUCCACCGUACGUGGUACAGAGGAGGGUGAUGAGAGAUAAGAGGGAGAGUAAUCGUUUUAGAGAGAUGUUUAAGUGCCAGUGUUUCCCAGGCUGGGAAGGUGAGCAUUGCCAGAAACCGGUUGACGGCUGGCUGUGAGAGAGAGUGUGAACAGUAAUAUUUAGAAAUCGAGAAUGAAACUGGAAUCAUUUCUGUCUGUGCAGUCAGCCCUGCUGUGCAGAUGUUUAUGUGAAUGUGUUUGAAUAGAAGGAUGUAAAAGCUUCACUUGAGUCAAUCUCUUCAAGCUCAGCUGAGUUAGAGAAAAGGCAAAGUAAUAUUUAUUUUAUUUUUUUAAAUUUCUGGAUAAUUAAAUCGGUAAGGUGCAAGCAGAGUGGUUCAGAGUGGUUUGAAUCAAAAUUGUCUACAGUGAUGGUGACAGUUACUCAGUUACCUUAAGGAAAGUUACCACAGUAAAUGGUAACAAAUAUAUUGCAGGAUGUCCGAGACACUGUUGUAUGAUCGUUACGAAAUAAGGAGUUGGCUUAAACAAUUUUUUCAUAUCUGUUCACAGCGGAGACGAACAUGCAGUAUGUAUGUUCUAAAACAGUACCCAGAGAAAAUAAUUAAACCAUUAUCAGCAUUAAAUAUGAAAACUCAGAAGACAGCUGGUCAGUUUAGAUAGUCUAUAAAAGUGUUUAUAUUCAUAAUGUACACUUUGAGACCCCUGGUUCCUUUCACCAAUUUAUUAAGUUAUCAGAGUCAGAACCAUUUUGAGUGACAUCUUACAGACUGAAAUUUACAGAUGUUUUGAAAAAUCGGAGUAAUUUUAUUUACUUAAAUAAUUUUACUUUAAUAGUAAAAGGCCAUGCAAUGGUCUUACAAUACACAGUAAAAGUGUGACUUACUAAAUUUGCGGUGAUGCAAUGUUGGUACUGUAUUCUUAAAAAUGUAUUAAGGAAAUAAAAUUCUUGAAAAAGAA